GGGUAGAGAUACGGAGAGGGAGGUGGCAUCGAUGUCUCAGCAUCAUCGUUUUUCACACGACUUAUGCUGAAAACGGGGACAACAAACUGACAGUACUCACUUGAAUACGCAUUCCAGUUUGAAAUCUAAACGUUGACACUUUGCUUAAUAUCAACAUCACUCCAUUCACCUAUCAUUUGAACUCGAUCAAGCGGAGAAGGAGAGGGAGGCAGACGAGAGAUGGAAAGAAUAAUUUUCCUCUCCCUUCUCCUACUGUGUUUGACUUGGGGUGCACACAGCAACAAAGCCAAUAAGCACAAGCCAUGGAUCGAGACAGAGUACCAGGGGAUAGUGAUGGAGAAUGACAACACCGUACUUCUCAAUCCGCCGCUCUUCGCCCUGGACAAAGAUGCCCCACUGCACUAUGCAGGAGAGAUUUGUGGGUUCAGGGUGCACAGCGGCACCUCAGGCGGGGCUCAGUUCGAGGCCGUGGUCCUCGAUCGGUCGACGGGGGAGGGCCUGGUCCGUGCCAAAGAGCCCCUGGACUGCGAGAGCCAACGGGAGCACAGCUUCACCAUUCAGGCCUAUGACUGCGGGGAGGGCCCUGAUGGGGUCAACAGCAAGAAGUCUCACAAGGCCACCGUUCACGUGCGCGUCAACGACGUGAACGAGUUCUCCCCUGUGUUCGUGGAGCGGCGGUACGAGGCCUCGGUGCCGGAGGGCCGCCUGUUCGACCGCAUGGUCAGGGUGGAGGCGCUGGACGCCGACUGCUCCCCGCAGUACAGCCAGAUCUGCUUCUACGACAUCAUCACGCCCAACGUGCCCUUCGCCAUCGACAACGACGGGAACAUUAAAAACACCGAGCCUCUGGACUCGAGGCGACAGCGCGUCCACAGCUUCUGGGUGACUGCCUUCGACUGCGGCAAGAACCGCGCCCAAACGGACGCCCAGGUCAUCAUCACUGUCAAACCCUCCUGCAAGCCCGGCUGGAUCGGAUGGUCGAAGCGGGUGGAGUACAGCCCUGGGUCCGGCAGCCUGCCCCUGUUCCCCAGCCUGCACUUGGAGACAUGUGAAGAGACCGUUUGGAACAUCCAGGCCACCGUAGAGUUGCAGACUGGCCAUAUUGGGAAGGGCUGCGACAGAGACAGCUACUCUGACAGAUCGGUACGCAGACUGUGUGGUGCAGUGAGGGGGGAGGUAGACCUGCUCCCGCCCCCUUCCCCAGCAGCCAAUUGGACAGCAAGCCUCCCCACCCUCCCUUCGUCUGAUUCGUCUCUUGUGUUCUCCUUCAAUGGUUCGACGCACGUUGCCGUGGUUCCCAGUUCCGUGGCUGCUGCAGUGCCCGGAGACCACUUCACCCUCCAAUUAUGGAUGCGGAGGGGAGGGGCUAACACCCAACCCCCAGCCAAUCAGGCGAGAGGGAGCCGUAGGGAAGAGGAGACCAUUGUGUGCAGCACUGCCAGGAAUGAUGACUCCUUUUCGCACUAUUCUCUGUCCGUGCACGGCUGUCGGCUGUCCCUGUUUUACUGGCCCGAUGUCUCCGCCGCCCGCCCUGUCAAGUUCCUGUGGAAGCUGGAGCAGGUGUGUGACAGUGAGUGGCACCACCUCUCCCUCAGUGUCCAGUUCCCCUCAGUCACUUUGUACGUCGAUGGUGUGACCUUUGACCCUGCACUCAUCCAUGACAACGGAGCCAUCCCUAAUCCCGCCCCACGUCAGCGAUUGGUUAUUGGUGCAUGCUGGGAGCCAGAGGAGAAGCAGAAAGACAUUGUGAACAACACUAUCCCCGAGGGCAGGGACUCAGGGAGGUAUGUGGGAAGCUACCGGGGCCUGUUGUCUGGUGUGACAAUGCGCCCCGGAGGUGUGGAGCCUCACAGCGUGGUGGAGUGCCUGUAUGCCUGCCGGGAGGGGCUGGACUUCGGUGACCUGGAGACCCUGGGAUCAGGAAUGAAGGUGCACGUGAACCCCAGUCAGUCUGUGCUGGUCCUGGAAGGAGACGACAUCGAAAGCUUCAACCGCGCCGUGCAGCAGGUCACGUACAGAAACUCCCUCCGCUUCGCCACUCCUGGAGCUCGGCCCCUCAAGCUCUCCACGUCGCUCAGGUGUUUCAGCGAGGAGGGCUGUCUGUCCCUCAGGCAGCUGGAGGGGUACCUGGUGGUCCUCCAGCCUGACGCCCCUCUCAUCUCCCUCUCUGGGGUGGGCCCCCACUUGGCCCGGCCGGCUCCCGAAUUCGAGGGGCCCCGCGGGGUGGCCCUGUUCCCAGAGUUGAGGAUCGUGUGCUCGCUCUCCCACGCCAUCAAUACCGCCAUUCAAGGCAUGGAGGGAGGGGCACUUAUGUCAGACGCAGUGGCUCACACGCUGGACAGCUGUGAGGUGCAGCCCCUGGGGGAGGAGUUGAAUCCACAGCGGGAGGAGCUUCUGCUGGACGUCCAAUCAGUGAGAGAGAAAGGGCUGGACAUCAUCAACACAACAGCGUAUCUAACGAUCUCAGGAGCUGAGUCCAUCUCCGUGUACGAGGACAUUCUCCGCUCCAUUCGCUACCGGCUGACCAGCGGCUCCGCCCGCUUCGAGAGACGAUUCCGUCUGUCCUGCUCGGAGAUGAACGGACGGUACACCAGCAAUGAGAUCACACUGGAGGUGAACUUCCUGCACUCUCUGGACAGUCUGUAUCACCCCUCACACCUCCUGGCCUCACAACAGCAGUUCCUGCACCCUUCUCACCGCUCCGGCGAGCUCAGUGGACACGCCCUACCCAACCCACACCACAACUCUGUGGUACCCGGGGCAGCCACAGUGAUCAUUAUGGUCUGUGUGGGGUUCUUGGUUUUCAUGGUGAUCCUGGGUGUGUUCCGAAUCCGUUCCAUCCAUCGCCGGGGUGAUGGGAACAGGGGCGGGUCAAAGGAUGGUAACAGCCAAUGGGAUGACUCUGCGCUCACCAUCAUUGUCAACCCUAUGGAGUCCUAUGAGUCUCGUAUGGGGACGUCAGGAGACACGGAGGGAGAAGCGGAGGAGGAUGAAGAAGUGGUGGACUCACCCAGCGACACCAGCGAUGAUCAGCGAAUCAUCAUCAAGAAGGAAGUGUGGGACGGCCCUCCCAGGCGUUACUGAGCCAAUUGGCACACAACGUCCGUACUGAUGACUCCGCAGCACUAAAAACACCAAAUCUCAUGACUUGACACAUUUUGAAAUCACCACACCACCAGCUGUAGAAUGUAAGCUCAAGAACACCAUGCACAAUAGAUACUGUAGCACUCAAGUGCAUUGAGCCUUUACACACACACACACACACACACACACACACACACACACACGCACGCACACACACACACUACUACUGCACAAUUAUUGACCAUCGUAAUGCAGACCACCUGAGUAAAAAGGGCCAAACACGUAUAUGCUACACUGUGCUUUACCAUGCCGAUCACCUCAACACAUAGAUCCAACACAACAGCAAAUACUCCUGACUCCUAACCCUAACUACCUAACAUGAAGGGUAUUUCACAAUGCAUACCACAACGUGCGUUUAUGUGCAUCAGAUUUACGCCAUAAAUGCAUUGUAGAUGUACUCAGCCAAUGAAAUUGUACAUAGUCUUGCAGGUAAAAAAAAAAAAAAAAGCUAGAUCAUGGUCUGCCCUUGAAACAGAAUUCUUAGCUAGAGGGUCCUCUGUGCUGCACAAUCUAUAUUAAACAUUCCUUUACUCCCACAACACAAUGCUCCAAGAAAUAAAGAUAAAACAAUAUUAAUUUGGCUGUUGAUGAUUGACACCGCCUUUGCUACAGAAACUGGGCCCUCCAGAGCCAUUCAUUUCACAGCCAAAUUGACAUUCACCACAGCCUGCUAUACAGCACUACCCCUGCUAUAUUUACAGUGUCCGCUCAGCUUGGGCAGUCUUGAUUGUACUGAAAUUUCUGUAAAUACAAAACAUUAUUAUUAUUAUUAUUAUUAUUAUUAUUAUUAUUAUUAUUAUUAUUAUUAUUAUUAUAGGGAGUUGUGUUUUUUCUGCUGUACUAAAACAAGCUGAUGAGUCCUAUUACAAUGAAUUGUGAAGAUAAAUAUAUAUUUUUUACACUCUAAUCUACUUUAAUGGUCACAGAAAUAACUGUGGUGAUAAGUGAUAAUAAUAAUGGUAAUAAUAAUGGUAAUAAUUAUAAUAAGAACUAGCUUGUUGCGUGUAAUUUAAUUUGUGCAUUGAACUCUGUAAUUAAAUUGUUCAUAUUUUGAUCAUAGUGAACUGGGAGACGAUGUUGUGAUCAUUAGCUAUCUCUCUCUCUCUCUCUCUCUCUCUUCUCCUCUCUGCCCAACCACCACCCCCCUCCCCCCACAGCUCGACUUCAGUUCACUAAACUACUCUUCUGUUUUUCACCAUUUCUCUUUUUUUCCCUCUCUGCAUCUGUCCCAAUACACUAUUCUACUCUUUCCUGUCCCCUCUACCGCUUUUGUACUUUGUAUAACCAUUCAAGCCAAUUCUCCAUCGAUCUUCUUCUCUUUCUCAUCCUCUAGCUAUCUAAGUGUUACUGUACAGUGAUGAUCUGUCCGUAAAUAAAGCCUGUUGCUUUCCAGUGUAAUGUUAAGAAUGACAAUGCUGCAUUACUAGCUUAUUAUAUUAUUACUAUAUUAUUAUUGCAAUAUUAAUGAUAAUUAUUGAUACAGGAAUUAUUGAUUGUGACGAUAUUGGAUGAUAUUGACCAAAUAUUAUUAAUAACUGUCAAAGUCCCAUUACCAAUUCAUAAUAAAAAUAUUAGGGUGA